AUGGCUCAGGAGAAAAUGGACCUGGACCUGGAAUCUGAAAACACCACCACCGAUGGGGGCACCCUGAAGCGCUCCAGCAGCGCUCCCCUCAUCCACGGGCUCAGUGAGCUUUCACAGAUUUUUCAAUCUUGUUCAUUUCGGCCUCGGAGGAAUAGUGCAACAGUUAUGACCCAUUACAAUAUGGUAAGUAGAGAAUUGCUGUCAUCCACACCUAUUCCUAAUAGCAGACUGCAUCAAAUCAAAAGGGAAGAAGGCCUGGAUAUGAUGAGAGAGGCUGCACAUGAAAGGGAAGUGCAGGCAGCAAUGCAGAUAAGCCAGUCCUGGGAUGAGAGUUUGAGCCUGAGUGAUAGUGAUUGUGACAAGCCAGAGAAAUUAUACUCUCCUAAAAGGAUUGACUUUACUCCAGUGUCUCCUGCACCAUCACCCACCAGAGGAAUUGGAAAGAUGUUUGUGAACAGCAGUGGGCUACCACCAAGUUCCUUUUCUAGUCCGAGACGCUUUUCCAGGAGCCACAGUCCAGUCAAGUGCAUCAGGCCCAGUGUUCUUCCUCCGAUUAAAAGAAAAGGUGAAAUGGAGACAGAAAGCCAGCCUAAGAGAGUUUUCCAAGGAUCAACCAGUAUGCUGACCACUGAGUCUUCAAAGUUUUCUGAUCUCAGUUCAUGGUGGUGUUAUCAAGGAGAAGAAAUCCCUGCCUUGACCAGAUGUGUGGAGCAUCUACAAAUGAAUGAAUAAAUGUUACUUACAUGCAAACUGCUGUGUAUAAAAGUAUUCAUGGAGCUUAACAGCUUGUCUCGGGUGGUAUUAUAAGGCUGAGGUGCCUUGGGGUACACAGUGUUGUGCUGUAAAGGUAGGAUAGAAAAGUGGGCUUUCUGUGUCUGAUUGUCACAUGCUGUUUCAAUUGCUGCGUUUUCUCACAGCUUCUUUUGUCACUGAAUUUGUUUUGUCAUGUGAUGUGUAGUGUUGCUGACUGUGUUUUUGGUUGUUAUAUUGCCACCAGAAGCUAAAUUCAAUUCUUACUCAUGCUGCCUUAUAGUAAAGGCAAUUUAAUAUCUGUGAGGAAGCUUUUAGGAGCUGAAAAACUCAAUGUUAUUGUGCACCUGCUUUUAAGAAGCUGUUUGAUCUGUGAACAGUAUGUACCUGAUAGUCUGAGUUAUCAUAAGUUAGUUUUCCAAAGAGGAAAAUU